AUGUACCCUGCUGUUAGCAAGGGGAAGAAGGGCCCUGAGAUGAAGCUGAAUGGCCUGGAUGUUGAAAAGUCGCAUGGAAGAGGAUUGUCCCUGGAACCGGAUCUCUCAAGCCCUUACCUGCUACCUGCUGGCCUGCACAGCUCGCGCGAAUCUUUUCACUCCCUCUCACGGUCUACCAAGGAUUCGUACGACCCUUACGGCCCGGUGACUUUCGGUGACGAUGCCAGCAUCCGCAGCGGUAGCCGCACCGGCCGUAACGGCAACGGCAACGGCUCCAUCUACUCGUCUUCGACUAACCAGAGUGACAAGAUGAAGAACAGUCUGCUGAAGAACGCACAGAGGAUGUCUCAAUCCAUGCCCUUGCGCACCUCGCCAUCGCCUGAGCGCUCAAUCGAAAAGUCCGUUCCUGAGAUCAAGUAUCCCGAGCAGGCAGUCUCACCUUUGAGCCCGUUGAACCCGCACUACGAGGACCCGCUCCCUGCUGCACCUGCUCCUCCGGUUAAGAAUGACCCUGUCAUCGAGCAACCUGCCAAUGCCUAUGUCGCGUACGCUCCUCCGACUGCCGCCAACCCGCCUCCGCCUCCUGCUCCUCCUGUUCGAGACAACAAGGCUCGCGCAACCACCACCCCCCAGCCCACCUCCGCGCGUCCAGUCACAGAACGCUUUGGUCAUUGA